GCGGCCCGCGGCGCCCUGGCGCCCGGCCGCCGCCCGCCGCUGGGCCGCGGCGUCCGCGCCGCCGCGCCGGGUGUCGGUCAUCCAUCGGGCCAGCGGCAACUGGGGCAGCGUUGCGGCCAGGAUCGCCGCCCAGAAUGCGGCCAGGCACCCCGAGUUCCACGACGAGGUGCGCAUGUGGGUCUACGAGGAGCAGGUGGGUGGGGAGAAGCUGAGCAGCAUCAUAAACGCCCGGAACGAGAACGUGAAGUACCUUCCUGGCGUCAAGCUGGGUGAGAACCUGCGGGCGGAGCCGGACCUGGCGAGAGCGGUGGAGGGGUCUGGCAUGCUGAUUUUUGUGACUCCUCACCAGUUCAUCAAGGGCCUGUGCCCGACGAUCAAGCCCGCGCUUCCGUCGGGGGCCAGCGCCAUCUCGCUGAUCAAGGGCAUGGACGUGACCCCGGAUGGCUUCGAGCUGAUCAGCGCCCUGGUGCAUCGCGAGCUGGGCGUGGAGUGUUCCGUGCUCAUGGGCGCCAACAUCGCCAACGAGAUCGCCCUCGAACGCUUUAGCGAGGCUACCGUGGGGCACGCCGAGGGUCAAGAGGCCUCGGGGCAGCUAUGGAGAAAGCUUUUCCACACCGACUACUUCCAUGUGACUGCCGUCCCCGACGUGGUCGGGUGCGAGCUGUGUGGCACACUUAAGAACAUCGUCGCGAUCGGGGCGGGCAUGGUGGACGGCCUGGAGCUGGGCAACAACACGAAGGCGGCCAUCAUGAGAGUGGGCCUGGUGGAGAUGCGCACCCUGGCGCAGGAGUGCUUCCCCUCCGUCAGGACGGACACCUUCUUCGAGAGCGCGGGGGUCGCGGACCUCAUCACCACGUGCUUCGGGGGCCGCAACAGGAAGUGCGCCGAGGCGUACGUCAAGCAUAUCCGCUCUGGCUCACCGAAGGGGUGGGAGGAGAUAGAGGCCGAGCUGCUGGGCGGGCAGAAGCUGCAGGGCGUGCUGACCUCGCACGAGGUCCAAGCCGUGCUCCGGAGGCGCGGUCUGGAGGCCAGGUUCCCCCUCUACACCACCAUCAACAGAAUCUGCACUGGGGACCUCCCCCCUGAGGCGAUCGUGAGGUUUCAGGCCCUCUGCGGAGCGUGAGACCUGCCUCCCUCCCUCCCUCGCUCCUCUGGAGGGGCACCCCCCGCCGAGCUCGCAGUCUCGUUGAGAUGGGAUGCAAUAUUGGCGCGAAUGUGUCGCAGCAUCGGCCCCAUGUUUCUGGGCAGUUUCAAGUUUGGAGCGCUGGACGCAUUUUCUCAACUGUUUGGGGUAGGGUAGAUCGGCUCCUGCUCUACCCUUCCCUCCCUUCCCCUCUCUGUCCCCGUCCCCGUCCCUGUUCCCCUCCCCGUCCCCGUCCCCCUCACUCGCCCGCUCCCCUCUCCGCCCUUGCUUGCCCUUCUCUCCCCC